GGCAGCACUGUGGUUUUCUGGAUGGCAACAGAUGACAGAGAAGUGAUGGAAGCCCGGAGAGGAGAAAGUUGCCCCACAUUCUCCAAGUUGGCACCUGGUGACAACAUGCCCGAAGGGAAACCAAAGGCUUCUUUGGAUUCAGAGUCCCCAGAGCUAGAUUCCUCCAAUCCUGAGGAGAAUGAAACUUGUGAGGACAGAGGAUGCCCAGGGCCCCCUAAGUCAAUGUCCCCAAAAGCUGGCCCCACCACCAAGGGCCAGGCUGGUGAUGGACCCAGACUGGAACCCAUAGAACUGCCCCUGACCCUGGAGACAGAGCACCACAAUCCGAUGGGACUGGAGAAGGUGCGCAUGGAGUUUGAGCUGGCACGCCUUAAGUACCUGCACCAGGAGAACGAGCGGCAGCGGCAGCAUGAGGAGGUGAUGGAGAAGUUGCAGCAGCAGCAGCAGGCCUCACCUCACCAGUUCUCUGGAGGCCUCCAGGACCUACUGCUCCCCCAGAAUCAGUUCACCAUGUUCCUGUACUGCUUCAUCUUUAUACAUAUCAUCUAUGUCGGCAAGGAGAUGGUCUUCUUUCUGUUCUCCAAGCAUUACCUGUUCUGCCUUGCGGCCAUCUUGCUGUGUUUGAUUAAAACCUUGUGGUCCUACUUCCAAGUGCUUUUGCUUUCUCCAUCACUGGGAAUGUGA